GCGACUUGUUUAUAUGCAAGUCUUUGGCCUCACGCUUCUUUAUCCUUAUGGCAUAUACAUCGCUUAUGUUUGUGUUUCCUGUUUGACUUCCGGAGAUUUGUUGGCUUUUGUGUGUUGUGUUUUCUGUCUGAAAGGGCGUGCGUUCAUGCACGAGCUCUGCAAACCGCACGCACCGUUACGGAAAAAGGGAGUGUCGGUGCAUAAAGCGGGACCAGACACCAGUAAAGGCUCCUAUGUGGAUAUUUCAUUAAAGUGUACUCUGGGUGUCCCUGAAUUGCUAUCGUGUUUCAAGGCCGUUCCAAAAUGAGUUGCACGGAUCAAGGUGAUGCCAAGAAGUUUCUCCAUAGUUUUUUGGAGGAGUUUCCGAACCCGCUGGGCACAGAAGACCCCCUUCCGGUCAGUCCACUCAGCCGCAAAGUGACUUUGCAUGAGGUGAAAGGAGAAAGUUUGGAUUUUGGUCUGCGACUCCUCUCAGCCAGGAACGCCCCCUCCUGGCUAAGUGCAGCGAUGUGUAAAGAAGCUGUCAAUGAAUUGCUUAAAGAUGACCUUACACCUCACUACUGCUGCCCAGAUCCUGAACAGACACAGGAGGAUGAACGACAAGAACAAGAAGUUUUGUUACAGUCUGAGCCAUUGCAGCGUGUUUUUUUAAAUAAAUUGAGAGAGGUGGGUGUGGCCUGGCAAAAACAGAUGCCCAAUCCCGGGGCUUCGUCUUCAAAGAGCCACAGCUGUUCCGUACAUGCCAUUCGAAACACCCGCAGGAAGAUGGAGGACCGUCAUGUGAUCCUGAAAGAGUUUAACCAGCUUCUAGGGCUGCAGGAUGGUGUUGAGCGAGAGUAUUACGCUGUGUUUGAUGGUCAUGGAGGGAUGGACGCUGCCACAUAUGCAGCCACUCACCUGCAUGUUGUACUGAGCCAGCAGGAGGCGCUAAAAAGUGAUGUUACCACUGCCUUCAAAAACUCCUUUACACAAACAGAUGACAUGUUCAAGUUAAAAGCCAAGAGAGAGCGUUUGCGCAGCGGCAGCACUGGCGUUGCACUUUUGCUGACUUCUGAUUGGCUCACCGUUGCCUGGCUGGGUGACUCUCAAGCUAUGUUGGUCAGACAGGGAGAACCGGUGACCCUAAUGGACCCGCACAAACCUGAGAGAGAGGAUGAGAAGAAAAGGAUUGAGGAUCUGGGUGGAUGCAUCGCUUUCAUGGGAUGCUGGCGCGUGAAUGGCACGUACGCAGUUUCCAGAGCAAUAGGUGACUUUGAUCAGAAGCCAUACGUCUCUAAUGAUGCAGAUUGCUCCUCAGUAAAGCUGAAUGGCAAUGAAGACUACAUCCUUUUGGCUUGUGAUGGUUUCUUCGACGUGAUUCAGCCCGGAGACGUCCCGGGAUUGGUCCUGGAGGCUCUGAACUCUGGUGAGGAUGUAGCUCAAAGUCUGGUGGCCCAAGCCAAAGCUGCCGGUUCCAGUGAUAACAUCACAGUUCUAGUGGUGUUCCUUAAAGAACCGGAGAAAAUCUUGACCUGCAAUACGAGUUCUGAAUCUGCCGAGGAUUUCAAAAAUGUCUUGAGUUUUAAGUGUUAACUUGCCUUAAUUCACCAAGACAAGUCUGUCUUUUAAAAAGUUGCCUGGUAACAGUUUAUCUCAUUUACUGGUGCUUAAAUUAUCUUACAGAAUGUUAUACCUUUCAGACAUGUGCAAAAGAAAGGUGACCAAUGCCUGUUACAGGGAAGAUAAUACAGGUCUUAAUAAUCUUUACAGAUGUGGCAUCGCAUUUCGGACCACACUGGCAUCUCGAUGAUCUUUCAUAAUAACUGAUCAAUAUCUUAAUAACUUUCCUCUAAUGCUAUUUUAGCAUUUGUGCUAACCCAGUGUUGUAGGUUUAAGACUGUUAUUUAUUUCAUAAAAGUAUUUAUAGCUUAACUGUACUGUGUAAACAAGUUCCUUCACGUGCCAAAACUGUAUGUGGGUGUCUAACUUUGCCAAAACCACUUCUCUUUAGCUACUGCAAUUUUUGAAAAGCAGUUUUUGAAAAGUGCUCCCAUUCGGUAAACCUCGACCGACUAUUUAUUCAUAAACGUGCUUUAGUUUUUACCACAGUGCCUUUCUUGUUAUCAGUGUUAAUACUGGCUUGUGCGUAGUGGGGUGUUAUAUUAUCUUAGCUAGAUAUUCUGCCCAGCGAACCACACGUCCUGCAUGCCGCAAGACUUCUCGUGUUACAGCCGAUUAAUAUUUUGAAAGCCUUGUGACAAGUAGCUGAUAUAGUUGCACAGGGCCCAGAAUAGAGCUAACCUACUGGAUACUGCAUGAGGACGGUGAAGACAGGACCAUGAUAUGUCGAUUUGGUUAAUAAAUGGGUUUGUUGGCUUAGUUUGUCCAUUCUGAGUAAUUGCUUCAACCCUUUAUGUGCCUAUUUAAAGUUUUUCAUGUUGUACAGUAGAGAAAGUCUGAGAUCACAUUGAAAAUCUGUUAGUAAAAGAGGAUUUAUGAUAUUAUGAAAUUCACUUCAAUUGAAUUGUUACACUGGAAAAGAAAAGUGCUGGGUUACUUUAAAGACCCCAUGAAAUCAAAACUGACUAUUCUUAUAUUUUAAUAUAUUGCAGUGUUUAUUAUAAAAGUGUAUCAGUGUAAGUCUUUUUUUUGUUAUUCAUGUGCAAACUUCAGUCAAAAUCCCUCUUGUGGUGAUCAUUCUCUCAUGAUGUCACCUGGACUGGUUGGGUGGGACUAUUCUUUAACUCCGCCCCCUCCAAUUGGCAGUCUGCUGCAAGUUUCAUUUCUGAAUCAAAUGCCUACUUUUCUUUAUCCAAUCAAAGCACAGUGGGGAACACAAGCCACUCCCACUAUUUUCCUCGUAUAUUUCAUUUCACUUGGAAUGCGUCACAACACAGAAGUCGUCUUCCAUUUAAAGGGACAUUUCACUUUUUAAAAAAUAUGCUAAUUUUCCAGCUCUCCUAAAUUUAAACAUUUGAUUUCAACCGUUUUGGAAUCCAUUCAGCUGAUCUACGGCUCUGGCCCUACCACUUUUAGCAUCAAUAAAAAUCAAAUGUUUAACUCUAGGGGAGCUGGAAAAAGUGGAAUAUCCCUUUAACAGGACUUUAAACAUUAGGGCAAAAGGGAUGAACCUAUGUUGGGUUGUUUGAUAAUAUCGUUGGGUCAAAUAUAAACACUUUCUGUCUGGGUUUGUCCCUUUUUGACCCAAUGCUGGGUAAAUAUUAGAAAAAACACAUGUUGGGUUAUAAAUAAACCUAUUAUGGGAUGUUUUUCACCCAACCUUGAGUUGAAACAACCCAGCAUAGGUUUAUUGAAUAACCCCAGCAUUGGGGUUAAAAAUAAUCCAGCAGAAUUAAGAGUGAUAUCAUUUUUAUAAAAACAUAAUUAAUUAUGUAAGGAAUAAUUGACGACGGGACAUUGAAUUAUAAGAAAAUAAUGCACACCAAGGUGGUAAUGCGGCACGACGCGGAGCGGAGUGCCGUUACACCGCAGGUGUGCAUUAUUUUCAAAUAAUUCAAAGGACCGGAGUCAAUUAUUCCGCUUAUACCACGGUUACCACAAACAUUGCUCUGGUGCCUAUUUUUAAGACAUUUGAAAAAUUAGGUGUGCGGUUUACAGAAAAAUAAUCAACGCCCAUAGAACAUUUCUCAGCCAAUCAGAAUGCAGCAUUCAACAGACCCGUGGUAUAAAAAAAUGCUAAAUAUUAUGUUUGCUCAAACUCUUUUUUGGGUUAUUUAUGACCCAGCGUUGGGCCAACAAGGGUUGAACCCAGCCGUUGGGUUAAAAUAACCCCAAAACUUUUUAUGUUUAAUCCAACAAUGGGUUAAAACAACCCAGCAUUUUAGGUUAAAUUACAACCCAACAGGUGGGCUUUGUCCAUUUUUGACUCAACGCUGAGUUAAAAAUAACCCAGCUUUUUUGAGUGUAGCAAUUGUGCCAAACCAAAUUUAAUAUAGGAUGAAAAUGUACAUUCUCUAUAAUAUAGUGUUGAUUUUUUCCCCAUAUGUUUUCAUCUCUUAAAUCUAUGCAUGCCAUCACAUACGGCUUAUUAGGAAAUGUGACAUGUUGACCUUUGUGACAUCGGAAAUGAUCAUCAAUAAUGUGUUAAAUGCCUUACUUUAACUUAUGUCCACAGUUGUGCCAAAAAUAACUUGGCACUUUUUUUAACAUGUAUGUGUCAGUGUUGACUUAAAUAUUAAAUGCAUUUUUGUACUUUGUAUUAUAACUUUGAAAAGUGCAGCACUGAAUUAUGUGUGUUUAAAGCAGAGAGUAAAGCUGAUGAAGUCAUUAGAUUUUAUGCUGGUAUGCAUUUUUGUAGAGUAGUUUUUGUCUGCAGUAUUUUCACAGGACAUUUUGUAAUUGUUGCUGUUUGUAUUACUACUAAAGAGUGAACAUAAAUAUCAUGGGAACAGAUGGCUGAUGUGUAACACGCUCCCACAGUACAUGAUAAAGUGCCUUAUCUUAUUUUAAUUAUCUAAUGUUGCAUAUCAUUUACCUCUACUCCUGAUGUUGUGUACAAGUAACAUUUCGUAAAGUUUUCUACUGAAUAAAAUAAUAUAGAUUUCACAUUGAGUGUACUAUGGUGAAACUUGUAUCUUGACCAAUGUUCUUGCAUGUUGUAAUGUUCGAUGUCAGCAUCUGUCUGUUAAAACAUAAUAGCUGCACAUGUCAGUAUAUUUUCUUGUGGGCUUUUUAUGCAGUAUUAAAAACCAUUCACGUGCCUCUUUUUCAUGAUUUGAAACAAACAUUUGGCUAUAAUCAGACAUAAUGUGAAUAAAUUGUAUUUCACUUCA